GCGCGGCGUGCUGCUGUGGGAAGUCGUCGCUUCGUCCGCUCUCAAAGAGGCGAUUUUCAUUUUAAAAAAAGGAUGCCUCUCCCUCCGGCACUGCUGGCCCGCUUGGCCAAGAGAGGGAUUGUUAAACCGUCAGACCAAGAGGCAGAUGAGGAGAUUAUUGCUGAAGAUUACGAUGACAACAACGUAGAUUAUGAAUCCACCAGAUUGGAGAAUCUCCCACCGAACUGGUAUAAAGUGUUCGACCCUGCUUGUGGGCUUCCUUAUUACUGGAACGUGGAGACAGAUUUGGUGGCCUGGUUGUCCCCAAAUGACCCAAACGCAGUGGUAACAAAACCUGCCAAGAAAGUUAGAGUUGAGGCAGGAGAUGAAAGAGUCGAGAGGUCGUAUGAGAAGCCGGACAGAGAGCGAGAGCGGGAAAGAGACAAAGAUCGAGAAAGGGACCGGGACAGAGACAGAGACAGGGAUGAUGGGAGGGACAGAGACAGAAGGAAACAGAGGAGAGAAGACACAGCACCGUACAGCAAGAGCAAAAGAGGGAGAAAAGACGAUGAGAUGGACCCAAUGGAUCCGAGUGCUUAUUCUGAUGCUCCGAGGGGCACAUGGUCAAGUGGUCUGCCCAAGCGAAAUGAAGCAAAGACGGGUGCAGACACCACAGCGGCGGGGCCUCUGUUCCAGCAGCGGCCGUACCCGAGUCCAGGAGCCGUACUUCGGGCUAACGCAGCAAACCAAAUACCCAAGGAGUAAACCGGACUCCUGGGAAACAACAAAUACACAGCUGUACAGUUUGUUUUCCCUUUGCUCACAUCUUAACAUUUGGCGUUACAGACGGACAUCUCAAAAUUCUUUUUUCAUUCUGAAACAUGUCAGAAAUUGAGUGCUGAGCUUUUACACCAUCGGUGCAUUCAUUCAUGUAGAGCAGUUGUAAAUAUGUUUUUAUAUGACCUAAAGAUUGACCUCCUUGUUGUUAGUAAAGCCGUUAGUGGACUUCAUUUGCUAAUAAAUUUAAAGAAUACUGUGAAAAA